ACUACGUCUCAAAUUCUAACGAGCUGCAUACAAAGACAACAUUUUCUAGGCCCACAGGUGCGUUCUGUGUGGGCAGCUCUCUAGGAUUUGAGACAGAAACGAGCAGCUCGAUAUGGACACAUGGACCCUUGUUGUUUUGGAGAGCAGCACAACAGCUGCACAAAACCCCUCCGCCAUGAUGCUGCGCUGCCUCCCGUAGCUGCACAGCCACACGAGCGAAUGAAUUAACGCCGAAUGAGACACAGAGCUGACUCUAGGAGUUGUUAUGCUAUUGAAGGGGUCUAGGAAUGCCCAAAGAGAAAUAUGACCCGCCUGAUUCCAGGCGAAUGUACACGAUCAUGUCCAGUGAGGAGGCAAACAGUGGGAAAAAAUCCAACUGGGACGGCCUUGAAAUAACUGGUAAUGUUCGGAGUCUCAGCUCGAGCCUUUGGUCGCUCACUCACCUCACUGCUCUGCACCUCAGUGACAACUCCCUGUCACGCAUCCCACCUGAAAUUACCAAGCUGCACAACCUUGUGUUCUUGGACCUGUCAUCCAAUAAGAUCAGGAGCCUGCCAGCAGAGCUUGGCAACAUGGUGUCUCUCAGGGAACUACUUUUAAAUAACAACCAGUUGCGGGUUCUGCCGUUCGAAUUGGGGAAACUGUUUCAGUUACAAACACUGGGGUUGAAAGGCAAUCCACUCACUCAAGAAAUUAUGACUCUCUACCAGGAGCCAGAUGGUACCCGGCAACUGCUGAACUACCUUUUGGACAAUCUUGCUGGUGCUAUCAAGCGCAAGCCCCCUCCGUCCAGGUCCUGGAUUGUGCUGCAGGAGCCUGAAAGGACAAGACCAACCGCUCUGUUAACUGUGAUGUGCUAUAAUGUGCUGUGUGAUAAGUACGCCACACGCCAGCUCUACGGCUACUGCCCUUCCUGGGCCCUUAACUGGAGCUACAGGAAAAAGUCCAUUAUGCAGGAGAUCGUCAGUUGCAAUGCAGAUAUUAUCAGCUUACAGGAAGUGGAGACAGAGCAGUAUUACAACUACUUCCUUUUGGAGCUGACUAAACGGGGAUAUGAUGGAUUCUUCAGCCCAAAAUCCCGGGCCAGAACCAUGUCUGAAUCGGACAGGAAACAUGUAGAUGGAUGUGCAAUAUUCUACAAGAUUGAAAAGUUCAGCAUGGUGCAGAAACACACAGUAGAGUUUAACCAGCUGGCUAUGGCCAAUUCAGAGGGCUCAGAGGCUAUGCUGAAUCGUGUCAUGACCAAAGACAACAUUGGAGUGGCUGUGUUGCUUGAGCUAAAGGAGGAGUUAAUAGAGUUGUCGUCAGGGAAAUCUACCCUUGCUAUGGAGAAACAGCUCCUUCUAGUGGCAAAUGCUCACAUGCAUUGGGACCCAGAAUAUUCUGAUGUGAAGCUGGUGCAGACCAUGAUGUUCCUGUCAGAGGUGAAGAAUAUCAUAGACAAAGCCUCCUGUAGUCUGAAGCUGUCCUCCGUAUCUGGAGAAACCAGCAGCAUCCCUUUGGUGCUUUGUGCCGACCUCAACUCACUUCCUGACUCGGGUGUUGUGGAGUACCUGAGCACAGGUGGGGUGGACUGCACACACAAAGACUUCAAGGAGCUGCGCUACAGUGACAGUCUGACCAACUUCAACUGCAACGGCAAAAACGGCACAUCUAACGGGAGGAUCACACAUGGUUUCAAGCUGAAGAGUGCCUAUGAGAACGUGCUUAUGCCUUACACCAAUUACACUUUUGACUUCAAGGGUGUCAUUGACUACAUCUUCUACUCCAGACCACAACUGAACGUGCUGGGUGUCCUCAGGCCUUUGGACACAAACUGGCUCCUGGAGAACAAUAUCAGUGGUUGCCCACACCCUCACAUCCCCUCAGAUCACUUCUCCCUGUUUGCACAACUGGAGUUGGUCCUGCCUUAUACUCCCCUUCUCAAUGGAGUCCACUUAGCUGGGCACAGGUAGUGAGCCCGUCUGGCCACAGGUGGCGCUGCAGAGUUACAGUUCUUAUAAGUUUUCUGAAAAAAAACAAAAAAAAAACAAUGAAACCUCUAAGCAAUUUAUUUAUAUAUAUAUAUAUAUAUAUAUAUAUAUAUAUAUAUAUAUAUAUAUAUAUAUAUAUAUAUAUAUAUAUAUAUAUAUAUAUAUAUAUAUUCAUUCUCUUUUUUUUCUCUCUCUACUGUCUUUAUUACUUUGUUAGGGUCCAACAUGUUUCUAUUUGUCAGGGAGUUUUUGUUUUUUACUAUUUGUUAAGCUGUAGCUGCUUUUAUAUUUAUUUAUAUAUAUAUAUUUGUUGCAUUAUUUCCUCCCAUAGGCUGAUAUUGUCAUACUUUCAGUUGUUGGGCAUCGCUUGUGUGCAUGAAAUGUGUCCAAAAUGUAAGAGAAGGGUAACUCAUUUGGUCACACACUCAAAGGAAUUGCAGACUAAUUAAACUGCUUUUACGGUCAGACUUUAAUACUAACAAACAGACAUUGCUGCAAUUUUGGUCCUGCAAAUAAGCAUUCAUCUUUUUUUUUUUUUUUUUUAAUUCAGCGUCAAUUUAAACAUGUUCUUUAAAGUAAAAUUUCCACUCAGACUUGCAGUUGUAUUUGAUUUCUUACACACUUGUGUAACUCUCCUUUGGAUGAGUGACCGAUGUGUUUUACAGAUCAAACUCUAAGUCAAAUCUAUCCCCAAAUGGAAAGGCGAGUGGAAGAGAGCUUUUCCACUAGUGUGGUGCUGAAACUCGCUUUACAUCGGUGCUUCUUCUCCUGAUGUUUUUACUCUCCCAUCAAUGGUGCAAUAUCUAGAACGUUUUAGAUGUUCUAAGCGAGGGCACGGUUACAGCAUGUUUUUAAACAAGCUUAGACAACAUAAAAAAAGCACUUAUUUGUCCUUCUCCCUCAGGUGGUUGUUGGAAAGGUGUGAACUUAAUCGUGCUAAAGGUAAACCAAAUUAUUUUAGAUGUUUUGAUUCCGCGGCUAUACUUUUUGCACACUUUUCUUUUAACCCGUUCUAUGGAGGCUGGCUCUCUUUGUUUCCUUGUACGACAGGCUAUGUGAAUAAUUUAAGCUGCGCUUGCUCUCACUGUGUUUAUAAACAGGAGAUUUUUAUUAGAAAGGGAGGUUUUAUAUAAGAAGACUAACCAGGGAGUCUUUUAACCAGCGAUUUCUCACUGUAUUGUGUUGAAAAGGAUUUCCCAUACCUUUUUAUCCUCUCAUUACACACAUCCUGGAAAGAUCUGUAGCACUGUCCUUAAGGCUAGUACUGCUCUGACCUAGCCGUAGCCACCACCUAUAUUGUAUCAGAAAGGUCCUCCCAGGUCUUUGUACAAAACUUAAUCAAAUAUAUAUAAAUGGACAGAUUAAAGCUUGACCUGAUUGUAUAUGAGCCACAUGCAAGAAUGUUUUUUUGUUUUUUUUAUGUUUUCUUUUGUUUUUUGUACCAAGAAUAAAUUAUGAUCCAAAUUUAUAUUGUAUUGUACAUUUUUAUCAAAAUGAAUCUAAGCAUACCAGCUUGUGUAAAAGACAAAUAGGUUGUUUCUGGUUCUCACUGCCAUACUUUUGCACUCAUAGCUCAUUUUGCACUCAUUUAUUUUCCUUUGUAAAUUUCAGAGUACAUGCUAUUCUUGUCAAUCCAAUCGUUCAUCUCAAGAUAUUAUUUCAGCGUGUCUCGUGUCGUAUACAUGUAUACAUACAGGGAGGGGAAUCGCAAAGCUCCAUAACAUGCCAUCUGUCUGUGUGAAGUCAAGUCAAUAACACUUCUGCCAUUUCUAUAUAUCUUGCAGCGGUGUAUCUGUCCUGCACACUCUUCGGUGAGCAACUUCCCAUCCACUGGUCAAAAAAAAAAAAAAUCUGUAGUUUUCUUUUAGAUUGCGUUAUGCUAUCAAUGUAUCUCCAUCUCUGUGAGGUUGAAGAGUCUGUAGAAAUCAGGUACUAAGAAUGUUUUGAUCUUUAGUUAUCCAAAUUUGAUUUAAAUGGCACCAAACAUUUUCAAGUCUGAUACACUUACAUUUUCAUAUUCAUAUUAUAUAGCCAUAAUCUUUCCUGUGUAGUGCCAGUUUGACUUGUUCUUCUGAAGCCAAUUGCAUGAGUUAGAUUGUCCUCAUAUGGUACUUCCAUGUGGGAUUUUUAUUUUGAAUAAAACCUUUAGUUCGGAGCCUUUGGACCAAAUGAUCAUCUCUGUGAUUUGUAAAUGAUGUCUGGCAGUGGUCUAUUUGUUGUUGAUGUCCUUUGGUUCACUAAACUGACAUCAGCCUGACCAUCACACAUUUAACAUGUCACUAAUCAGUUUCUUUUAACUAUGCAGCAGUAUGGUUUUCACAUCUUGUUUUGUUUGUGCAGUAAGAGCCAGAGCAGUCUUGUUAUUUGGGGCCUCUUCACAAUAUUCUUCAGCGUUUUGUUUUGUCUUAAGUGACCAUGAUUUGUUAAAGGUAUUAGUAGAAAUGAGAUUAGUUUUUUGUAAAGUGUGAAUAAAAUGUGUAUUGCAUAUUUCCUUUCUACAAAACAAAUCAAUAGUGUUGAGUAUGUGUAUAUAAUGAAUUAUCCUGCAUUAUUGGUGUCUAUUUGUGUUUAAUGAUCUGUUUCAUAAAUUAUAACAUUGAUUAUUGGUCCUAUAACAGAUUUACUUUUCUGACUGAAUGGUAGAAAGACAGAUGAUGUUAAAUCUGUAGAUCGUCCUGCUUGUUAGUAGACAACUUCUUUGUGUAACUGAAUGUUGUGAUGGAGAGCUGAUUGACACCAGGUGUUGUCGGAGAUGGUGUCUUGCUUAAAUUAAACCGUACGUUGAAGUAUUUGACUUAAUAUUGGUGCAAUCAGUGAUAAGUGAUUGUACUUGAUGAUUGCUGCUUAGAAAGUAAUAUUGGUAAUUGAAACUAAAUUUAGAGACCCUUGUGUUUACAUUUUCAAAUUAUCCUUCCCGGACAAAGACAUUAAAUGAAUAAUAAUAAAAUAAAAAUCUUAAUUUUAGUAGUGCAUAUCCAACAUCUAUGCUUUGAUAUUAAGAAACUGCAAUUAAUGGAUCAAGUCUUUCUUUACUGUCCUUCCAUUUAUUUUUCAUUACCUCUUGCUUUCUUUCUGCUUUAGCCUUUAUAUUAUGACAAACUUUUAUAAUAUAAUAUCAUUAGCUGGACCUUUUUUUUUUAUAAUUAUCUGGAUCUUUUUUAUUUUUUAUCUCAGAACACUUCUGUUUCAUAUAGUGGCCAAUGUCAAUUGCAGUAGUUUCUCUGUGAUUUAACACUGUACAUACCAUUGUGUAGUACAUGGGAUCAACUCUUGUUUACCAUUCAAGAUAAAGCCAGCAGAGAUACACAUCCAUAAUAAUAAUAAUAAGACUGAUAAAAGUUUUCUUGAUAUUCAAUGAAUGUUAAAUCUCGAAUAAAAUCUGAAAAAGGCAGCUCUUUAAAAAAUCUCUGGAAAAGAAUGGUAAACAACUAUUUUCUCUCUGUUCUCUGUAUUCUUAUUUCUAGAGAUCUGUAAAUAGACGUUCCUUUACACUAAUGUAUUUUCCUAUCUAUGGUUGAUAAUAAAUUCUUUCUGCUUCAUUA